AGGUCGCCGUGGCUGCAGCGCAGUUGUGAAGGCGGUCGCUGAUGCGGGCGGAGGGUCGCGCAGACAGACGCUCGACAGCGCAUGAUCUCCAAGGAUUAACGCCGCUGCAAAGGAGCCUUUUUUUGCGCCUUUUUACUCGCCUAUUCAUUCUGGAUAUCAUCGCACUAAAGCAAUAGAGAGGGGAUUAGUAAAAGGCCUGAGCAUCCAUAACCAUGGGUGGGGUGAGAACAUUUGCUGUGUUUAAGAAAUUCCUGGUGCUGCUGGUUCUAGGCACCUCUGCAGUUGCAAGACCAACCAUCACCCCAAACCUAAAGGAACUUUUUCUACAACCUCACUCUUUCCUCAACUUGACCUGCUUUGGGGAGAGUAAAAAAGUCUCCUGGGUCAAGCCCCUGCCAGAAAACUCCAUAGUCAUUACAGGGAACAACUCAGCCACUCUGCUCAUUUCCAGAGUCACUGUGGGGAACACAGGCUUUUAUGUGUGCAAUUAUGAAGAGCAGCAAGAUAGUGAAGUUGACAUUUAUGUCUUUGUUACAGAUCCCAGCAACCUGUUUGUCCCCGAGUCUCCAGAAAACAUUCAUCUCAUCCUCUCCCAACACAUGGUGGAAAUCCCGUGCCGUGUAUCUCACUCGAACGCUCACGUCAUCCUGAGGAGGGUGCCCAGUGGAGAGCCGAUUUCCUCUCCCUACGAUGCAAAGAUAGGCUUUUUUGGGAUUGAUGUUCCUGGGCAGUACCAGUGUGAAAGUUCUGUCAAUGGCCACACUGUAAAGAGUGACAUUUACAUCGUGACCCAUGAAGACAGUUGCAGAAACUUCACACUGGAAGUUACAGCCACUGAGAGGACAGUGAGAGCUGGCCAGCCUCUCAAUAUCACAUGCAUGGCCCUGCCUGGCUCCAACUACAAGCAGGAGUGGGUCUAUCCAAGGACACAGGCUGUGAAUGCCACUCACAUAAGGGAAAAAUUCUCUGACCAUGCCAGCUUCACCAUCAGUAUCCCAAAAACCAGGCCUCAGGACACUGGCAUCUACGAGUGCGCUGUAGAGUGCCUGGAAAGCGGAUAUGUUCGAAGCAGCAAUGUGGCUGUGACCGUCUUUGAGGAAAGCUCCUUCAUAGUCCUGGACCACAGUGGCAUUUUUGAGACAGAGUUUAUCAGCCUUUUAGAAGAGACUCAGUUUACAAUCCUCAUCACCGCAUAUCCAGCCCCCAAAAUCACAUGGAUGAAAGACAACAACCUCAUACCAGAAAGCUACUACGUCUUCACCCAAACUAGUCACUUUGAAGGCAAUCGGUAUCAGAGCGUUCUGACACUUCAACAACCAUUGGAGAAAGACAGCGGAAAUUACACCAUCACAGCCCUCAGCGGCUCCCACACGGCUCACUUUUCUUUCAUCCUCGUAGUGAAAGCUUCUAGUGGAGCGAUGUUCCCCCCUUCAACGGCCCCUGUGCUGUUACCAGAUAAGGAGGAGUUGUUGGUGCCCCUCCACACUCCUUUCACCAUGACAUGUCGCGGACAGGCCAAACUAGAGUGGGACACACCCUAUAAUGUUCCCGUGCGUGUACAGCAGGACCACAGCGGGCUUUUUGUCACCACCAUCACGGUGGAUUGGGCUGAAGCAUAUCACACAGGCUCCUAUAAGUGCUUCUACAGUGGAAGCAACACGGAGGAUUCCAAAAGCCAGAGCAUCUAUGUCUUUGUGCCAGAUCCUGAUGUUCCUUUCGUUCCAUCAUUGAUGCCUUUUAGCAACCAUGUCCUAUCCGAUCACGAGGAAAUGGAGAUUCAGUGCAGGGUGUCUGAUCCAAGCGCUAACGUGACGUUGAUAAACUUGGAAACCCAGGAGCCCGUGCCGAGUGUUUACGACAGUAAGAGGGGGGCUUUGGGGGUGUUCCUAGCUGGAACCUAUGUCUGCAAGGCCCUCAUAAAUGGACAUGAGUACUACAGUGAAGAAUACAUUGUUCAUGGUUGGCCAGGUGGAACAGCGCUUCAUGUUGAACUGAAAGCUAAAAGGACCGCCCUACUGGUGGGAGAAACAAUCACUGUCACCUGCCUGGCUCGAGGACCCGAGAUCCUGGAGGACAACUGGAAAUACCCGGGCAAAGCGGCUAACCGUGGUACCAAAACAGUGCGCGAGAACAAGAAAGAUCAGGAGAUCCUCUACACCCUGACAAUCCCACAGGCCUCAGUCAAAGACAGUGGCAGCUACUCCUGUUCUAUUGUUGAUAUAGCUAACAAUGAAAUUCAGACAAAAGAACAAGAAAUUCAGGUGUUUGCUGGUGAAUUUGUAUCAAUUGAUCCGGAGUUCGGGGAGCACGAAUCUGCAGAGCUGGAUGAAGUUCGGGAAUUCAGGGCAAAUGUCCACUCCUUUCCCAAUGCCCGUGUCACUUGGAUCAAAGAUGGGAUUCUUCUCAGUGAUGUGACAGCAGAGAUCUCCACCAGCCUGCGGCAAACCAGCGAGACCAGUUACAUGAGUGUUCUCACACUGAUCCGGGCUAAGGGGGAGGACAGUGGGAAUUACACCAUGCGAGUGGAGAACGGAAACCAGAGUCGACAUGUCAGCUUAAUCCUAGAGGUCAAAGUGCCUGCUGUCAUCGUGGACCUGAUGGACAUCCAUCAUGGCUCAGCCAUAGGCCAGUCUGUGGUGUGCAUAACCAGAGGGCGGCCCACACCUGCGGUGGAGUGGUUCAUCUGCAAGAGCAUCAAACACUGUGGCAACAACUCAUCUUUUUGGGUGCCCCUCGCUACCAACUCCACAGACAUCGUGUUUGAUUCGCACUUCGAAGGCAAUAACCUGGAGAGCCAGGUCGUGUUUGGUCACCUGGAGAGCACGCUGGCGGUCCGCUGCCUAGCCAGGAAUGAAAUGGCCACUGUCAGCAGGGAGGUCAAACUGGUGUCUAGCGGCCCCCACCCUGAGCUGACUGUGGCUGCUGCCGUACUGGUGCUCCUGGUCAUUGUCAUCAUCUCACUCAUUGUCUUGGUUGUCAUCUGGAAACAGAAGCCACGAUAUGAGAUCCGCUGGAGGGUCAUAGAGUCUGUUAGUCCAGACGGCCACGAAUACAUCUAUGUGGACCCCAUGCAGCUUCCCUACGACUCUAGAUGGGAGUUUCCCCGUGACAGACUUGUGCUUGGUCGUGUCCUGGGCUCUGGAGCAUUUGGGAAGGUGGUUGAAGGAACUGCCUAUGGACUCAGUCGCUCUCAACCAGUCAUGAAAGUGGCUGUAAAAAUGUUAAAACCCACAGCCCGCUCCAGCGAGAAACAGGCCCUCAUGUCAGAACUGAAGAUCAUGACUCAUCUCGGACCCCACCUCAACAUUGUGAACCUUCUGGGAGCAUGCACCAAGUCAGGCCCUAUUUACAUUAUCACGGAGUACUGCUUCUACGGAGAUCUGGUCAACUACCUGCACAAGAACAGGGAGAACUUCCUCAGCCUGAGCCCAGAAAAAAAUAGAAAAGAGAUGGAUAUAUUUGGGAUCAAUCCUGCAGAUGAGAGCAGUAGGAGCUAUGUGAUCCUGUCCUUUGAAAGUAAAGGGGACUACAUGGAUAUGAAGCAGGCUGACAACACUCAGUAUGUGCCAAUGCUGGAGAUGAACAAUGCCUCCAAGUACUCAGACGUCCAGAGGUCAAACUACGAUCACCCUCCCUCGCAGAAAGGCUCAAGUGAAUGUGAGAUGGAAAACCUGCUGUCAGAUGACACCACUGAAGGCCUAACAACCACUGACCUGCUGAGCUUUACCUACCAGGUGGCCAAAGGAAUGGAAUUUCUCUCUUCCAAAAAUUGCGUGCACCGAGACCUUGCAGCCAGGAACGUACUCCUCUCUCAGGGCAAGAUAGUGAAGAUCUGUGACUUUGGACUGGCCCGGGACAUCAUGCAUGACAGCAAUUAUGUCUCCAAAGGGAGUACCUUUCUUCCUGUGAAAUGGAUGGCACCAGAAAGCAUUUUUGACAACCUGUACACCACCCUCAGUGAUGUUUGGUCUUACGGCAUCCUCCUUUGGGAGAUUUUUUCGUUAGGUGGGACCCCUUACCCUGGGAUGGUGGUGGACUCCAGCUUCUACAACAAGAUCAAGAGUGGAUAUAGGAUGUCCAAACCUGAACACGCACCGCAAGAUAUAUAUGAGACGAUGAUGAAGUGCUGGAACAGUGAUCCAGAGAAGAGGCCCUCCUUCAUGGGUCUAAGUGAAAGUGUAGCAUUGCUGCUGCCCUCCAGCUAUAGGAGGCAUUAUGAGAGGGUAAACCGGGACUUCCUGAAAAGUGACCAUCCUGCUGUCACCCGGGUGUGCAUGGAAAACGACACCGACUAUGUUGACAUUCCCUACAAGAACCAAGGCAAGCUGAAGGAGCGGGAGAGCGGCUUUGAUGAGCAGCGCCUGAGCUCAGAUAGUGGCUACAUCAUUCCACUCCCUGACCUGGACCCCCUCUCUGAUGAAGAAUAUGGAAAAAGGAACAGACAUAGCUCUCAGACAUCUGAGGAGAGCGCCAUCGAGACAGGGUCGAGCAGCUCCACCUAUCCUAAACGUGAAGGAGAGACGCUCGAGGACAUCACACUGCUGGACGAGACGUGUCUGGACUGUAGUGACCUGGUGGAGGACAGCUUUCUCUAAAAACUGUCCUGUCUGAGUGGGAGCAACAAGGGAAGAUUUAAGACUUUUAAGACUCGUUAAUCAACCAAAGACGGUUGAGCGCUCCUCCUCCUCUCAGACCACCCACUGCAAGGACAGAACAGAACCACUUUUCAGUCUGUGGUGAGUCUGUGGCAACGUGAGGUAUUCUUUUCUCUGGACAGCACCCCCUUCAGGGUUGGAGGGGUGACUGACAAAUGAUAAAAAUGUGACUUGGAAAAAAGGACCAAGAAAACCUCAGAGCAUUUCUGUCGGACCUAUCCAGCUACAAGAGAUUUAAGAAACACCACCUUUAAUUUUCAGAGCUUUACUUCUUUGGGCAUUCUUUUCACAGCACUAUAAGCGAAAAGGAACCAUACAGUCAAAUGAUGAUUCAUUUGUUUAACCACUAAGGAUACACUAUUUAUACUACAAGAUUCCAUUACUAAGCACAGAUUUACAAGAAUCCAAGUACCGUAAAUUCCGGACUACAAAGCGCACCCGAUUACAAGCCGCACCCACCCAUUUUCACGUGUUUAAUUAGUUUUAAACAUACACAAGCCGCGUCAGAGUAGAAGCCGUGCAUGU